UCACUAAGUCAUUCUCUCUGUCUCCACAGGUGGCGCUCUGACUUGCAAAAUGUGUACGACUGCCAAUGCUAAAUUCUGCAAUGCCUCCAGUGUGGUCUGUCCUGAGGAUCAUGUCUGCGCCUCCUCCUACACCCUGACGAAUACACAUGGGGCGAUAUUCUCCAUGUUGUGUGCUCCCAGACAUCAGUGUGAUGCCCCCGGCAGUAUCAGUGCAUCCAGCGGUCGACUCCAGAGAAGCACAACCUGCUGUGACACAGAUAACUGUACUCCACCGCCCCCCACAUUACCCGAUUAUAAUUUUCAGCCAAAUGGCUUAACCUGCCAAACCUGCUUAUCUGUCUCCUCAAAGUGGUGUUCCUCUAUGCAUACCAUAGACUGUACUGGAGAGGAAGAUGCCUGCUUGCUCCAAACCAGCCAAUACUACGCUCCCAUAAGAAGAUCAGCAGCAGUUCGUGGAUGUGCCACUAAAAGUAUCUGCUCUCUCGGCACCCAGAGGAUAGAAUUUGGCACCCUUAAAAUGAAGUUCAAGUAUUCAUGUGUAUUCGCCGGAAGCACACAUCUGCAAAACGGAUUGGUCGCUCCUUUGACUGUUGCACUCGCAGUAGUAAAAUAUUUCGCAUCACAAAAAUGAACAUAAACAGAGAUUCAAAUAUGGUCGGAGGUGAUACAAAGAGUAUAUUAUAUAAUUCUAUAUAUUUAUAUUAUUAUAUUGUUAUAUCAGUUGACAUAACUCAUUUUUUUUGUACAAUACAGUAGCACAACACACUUUGCCCCUGAAUACAAUCACGUCACAUAUGAUGGUCCCUGAAAAUUUAGCACUACACACACACAAUGCCCUGACAUAGCUAUAGGGGAAGCGGCUGCUUUGGGGCCCAAAUUCAGAAGGGCCCCACCCAGGAGGAGGACUAAAAUAUUUUAUUGUCAGGAGCCCCUCAACAUUAUUAUAAAAUAACAUUAUACAGAGAGACACUAUAGGAAAUGAACAGGCUGCCGGGCCUCGUCUGAGAGAGAGAUCUUGACUAGCCACGGGAGGAGGGGGUUGCGAAGAAGUUUCUGAUGGGGGGGUAUUAAAAAAUGUAUUUUGAAGCCCAGUCAUUUCUAGUUAUGCCACUGCAUCUAAUAAUAGUGUCACAUGCUGCCCCUCCUGAAAAUAAUACUAUAGAAUGUGCCACACACAAAUAGCAGCUACUUUAUUAGAUACUACAGAAUUUUCACUCUUGUUUGGACUUUUCCUUCAGUACUUGGGUGUUUCUCCGCUGUUGUUCCCUCCAACAAUUUUCAAGAGUUAUGUAAUUUGCAGAAAGUUGGAACAAUAACAUCUGAUGCAAUGACCUCAGUCACAGAUACUGAAUAAACUGAAGUGGGGAAGAAAAUGUCAGAGCCGAGGCAAAAGUUACAUUAAAUAUUAAGAACUAUUUCAGAUCUUGAGUAAGCUUGUAAAAAAAAAAACAUACAUUUCUUGUACUGAUUCUGAAUUACACAAUGUUUCCUUUUUUACUUAUGUAUAAAGCUAAAAGAAAUAAAAAAUGAAAAAAAUACUGCUGAUUUCUGGUUUCACUGGAGCAUGGACUAAAAGAGGU